AUGUCUCAACUUCAACAAAUGCAACAAUACCAAGCACUCCAACAAAUCAUGCAACGUAACACGUUUGAACAACUCCAAUCGCAACCGCCGGUUCAACUUGACGAUGAUGAUGAAGAAGUCGUCCCCGAAUCGCCACCGCAAGAGCUCAAGCGCAAAAAAAACAAGGGGAAGGGAAAGAAGGUUGAAAACGUACCCGAAACCGCGCCAAAAAGCGGUUCGAGAGCAAAGGGUAGACCUUGGACGAAAGUAGAGGAGGAGGCACUAGCAAUGGCGUUUGUUAAGUCCUCUAUUUGCCCGAUAAUCGGAAACAACCAAACGAGUAGUAGUUUUUUGAAGGCGACAACGGAUAGAUUUAACACGAUUAUGGAGCAUGGUCCGGCUCAUGAUGUCGAAUCCGUCUCGGGCAAGUGGUGUAAAAUGAGCAAGGUCAUCAAUCACUUUAACCAGAUUUAUAACCAAAUUUACACUUCCCCUCCUAGCGGGAGUAACGACGAGGACAUUCUUAACCUUGCUAUCGCCAAGUGGGACUCUCAAAAUUCAACGCCUUUCCCGCACUUCCGAGCAUGGAACGUUGUAAGAAAAGAACAAAAAUGGAAGCCGGUUCCAAAUGAGGUCGCAACGGCCAAACGGACUAAAACUUCCGAGUCCGGAAGUUAUAGUGCGGGAGGCUCCACCGCUCGUUGUCAAAUCGACAUAAACGACGACCCGGAAGAUGACGAGGAUGUGUUGCCCGUUCACGAGUCGGAACGUCCCACCGGGAGGGACAAAGCAAAAAAAGAAGCGGCCGGAAAGCGAAAAGGGGCCGGCUCGAGUGGAGGUGGCGGCUCGAGUGGAGGUGGGGGCUCGAAGGCAUCGUCGAAAAUGGACGAGUUGAUAAACGAAUUUCGUUAG